CUCUACAACUAAUCCUUCAAUCAAACGGAUUAGGAGUCAGUACAUAAUAUUUAAGCUUUCCAUCAUCAUAAAACUACUACAAAAUUUCACCAAAAUACAAUCUUGAAAACCAUCAUGGUAAUAAUAAAUUCUCUCUGUUUCUUGUGUUUCUCAUAGCUAGAUAAAACAAUAAAUUCCUUCACCAAUUACUCCUCUAAUCUGUUCUUUCUUUCCUCAACUGUUUCUUCUUGAAUUAAUGGACUGUAUCUCCUCUUACUCCAAGAUUUCACUACCCAAAUUUCCACCUCACCAAUUAAAAAACACCCUUUCAAUAUCAACACCCUCAUCAAUAAUAUUUUCUCCUUUACAGAGUACUCUGUUCAAGUUAAAGAGUAAAAAAACAUUAGCUAUAGUGGCUAGUACUAAUACCAACAAUAACAAUAAUAGUAGUAGUAAUAGUAGUAGUGUUGAUUGCCAGUUUAGUGGAUUGACUGCACCAUUAGUGCCAAGAACACCUGUAGGGAAGUUGUUGAGCAGCACGUUACAGAAUGAAAUAGAGUGGUUUCACGAGGUUGUGGAGCAAGAAUUGAUGAAGAUGAGUUAUAUAAGGGAUGAUACCAUUAAUCGUAUGAAUCUUAGCUUGUGCUCUGAUGAAGCUAUUCUUCACAGGAGAAUUUCUGAGCUGAGAGAGCUGGAAUGUCGAAAUGCUGUUGAGGAAGUUAUGUACAUGUUAAUAGUUUACAAGUUCUCCAAAAUUGGAGUGCACUUGGUUCCUAAGCUCUCCAAAUGCAUGUACAAUGGCAGGCUCGAGAUAUGGCCCUGUAAGGACUGGGAACUCGAGUCUAUCCAUAGCUCUGGCAUACUGGAAAUUGUAAAGUUUCAUCUUUCAGCCAUUGUAGGAUGGGAAGACAAGCUGAACGUAAAAGAUAAAUGGGCCCUUACUCAAGCCGAGUUGCUCCAUAUCCGUGUAGUCUAUGCUGCUUCGAUUCGUUUUGGAUACUUUUUGAAGUCGGCCUCGUUGAGGUACGAUUUGGAACAGAGUUUUGAUCAUAUCAACUCGGAUCUUGGUAGUAUUACUACAUCUAGCAACCUCUUAUUUUCAAGGUCAUGGCCGUCGAAACAAAAGAGCGUUCUCUUCGGUCGUGUCAGUGAUGCAGGAUCGACAUCAGGCGGUCCAGUGUCAGUUAUCGAGCAGGAGAAGCAAGAAAAUCUUAUGUCUUAUGUUAUGAGUCUUGACCAUGAAACAGUGCAGAUGUGCACGAAACCGAAAUUCAAAGAGACGAUGAAUCUGAUUGAGAAGCAGUGUGCUGCGCUUUUUGGCGAUGAUUGUGACGAAGUAGUUUUAACGUCGUUGGCAAGUAUGAAGAGGUUUGUGUUAGAGGCUGUUGCUUUUGGUUCUUUCCUUUGGGAUGCAGAAGAUUAUGUUAGGGCCUUUUAUCGACUCGAGGAGAACUAACAACACCAGAAAAAGGCGUUUUCAAUCAAACGAAGCACGAUCACAUCGGAGUUUUGAUCUCAUUCACUCGGACAUAACGAGGAAGUCCACUCUUGACUUUCACCAUGUAAGGGGAAAAUUGUGUUUGCUGAUAACACACCGUGCUUCUGUGUCCCGUUGAAAGAAAGAGCCUUGAGGUUAUAGUAUUUUUCUUGAUGUAUAAAGGAUUUUCCUAUCUGGUGUAUCAAUAUUAGAAGAUUUGGAGUUGUAUAGAAUAUUAUGUCCUCGUAUAUAAAUAAUGAGAUGUAUAGAACUUGCAAUAUUUUGGACUAAUUACAAGUGGUAAAAGCAGGAUAUCUUGACCUCUA